GAAGCUACAGCUAGUUACCUUAGAAGGUUAAAAACCUUCCGAAAAAUACAAAAAAUAAAUACUUUACUUUGUAAACCUCUAAUAUGUUUCUUAAAUCGUUCUCGCGCUACAAAAACGGCAGUAAAUUGGAGGAACGACGAAGCGAGCGUAAAACUUCCAACAGCUUGAGAAGGUUGUUGCUAACGAAGAGCUGUUAAAUCAGCACCGAGAAGAAAUUAGUGGAUUAAACGAAGAGAAGAAACGAGCCAACGUGUUGGAUGCUGUUUUCAAGCCUGAAGUUCAUUGAUACACAGCAGGUGAUGGGCGAAGAUGUUAAAACAGUUAUCAGAGUGGCAGCAGUAGGAGACAUGCAACCGGAAUGGAAUCCGAGUCUGGACCAAAAGUACUCGGAGCCUCUAGACAUUAAAGAGGAACAGGAGGAACUCUGGGAGUCGACUUCUGACUCAGAGGUGUCUGAAAUGUUCAAAGCCAACUCUCAAGCAAAGAAGAAAAGGAAGAAGGUGGCAGCAACCCUCUCGAGAGAAGAAGAAGAGUUGAUGGUUGAGUGGCUCAGGGACCAUCCGGAGAUGUACGACAAGCGCUUGAGUCAGUACAAGAAUAUUCAGAGAAAGGACGCCCUGUGGGACGAGAAGGCCCGAGAGAUGAAGAAGGACACUGCCAAACUGAAAGUCUGGUAUAAGAGCCUCAGGACUCGGAUGGGCAAGCUAAUGAAGAAGAAGACCACCAAAGGCGAUGAAGAGCUCACUGACAGGGACAAGUGGAUACUUGCCAAUCUGGAGUUUUUGAGAGUCCACAUUGCGCGUGUGCACAGGAAACCGUUUGUCAGUAUUGCCCAGGUUCCGCCACCAGCUGCAGCCACCGUAUCUGCAGCUGCAGUUGGUAUCAACGAAUCCAACACCCCUGACAUGAAUGAUCCUACAGCGCCUACACCCUCAAGCACCAAUUCCAGCAGCACAACAACCCCACACGUCCAGCCCGCCAACCUUAGCCAUGGUAGGAGGGGAGAUGAGCAAGACAUGCGUCUACUUGCAUCACUGCAGGAUCAAGUCACCCAGCUCAUGGCGAUGCAACAACAGUUGCUCCAGCGGAUGAGGCCUGAGGGAAACCGAGAGAGGCUUGGCUUUGUUGAGUGGGUGAGGUCAACGCUGGUGAGCCUUGAGCACGACUGUUGGCGGCGCUGCCAGAAAGAUAUGAUUCGGAUGUUAAUGAGCUACAUCGACGAGAAUGACACAAUACGCAGGUCAGCUUGUGCUAGUGCUCCAUCUGAUGCUCCUGCACCUCCUGCUUCCUCAGCCAAUUCAUGCUACCCUGGACCUUCCCAUGCUCCAGAUGGGCAGCCUCCUGCGCAACAAAUGUGGCAACCUCAACCCCAUCAGUGGCCAGCCCAGAUCCAGAACCCCACAUCAGUCUUUGGAUCAAUGGAGGCGAGCUGGAUGCAGCAGUUCCCCCAAAUGAACUUUGGUAGUGGCUCUACAUCUCAGUCUCAACCACGCUCAUGGUCAGCUCCUCCCACGACCUCAACCAGUACCCUGGAGUCUUGAAUGCGUGGAUUCGCAAGUAGACCUGGACACUGAUGCAUUACAGGCUGCUGCUCAGUCUGCCAUAUCAAGAGCCAACGAGGGUGAAGAAAUUCAUCAUAUCACUCAGAAGACUCAAGCACCACCUCCAACAUCAAAUGCCAGUUAAAGGAUUAGUUUGACUAGUGUCGAGUGAAUUACUUUGAUUUGUAUGAUUAAUGCACUCGCCAUCCUCGAGUACUUCACCAUACUUGUUUUCAUACCGUUCUGUGUUUUGCUGUAAAAGCAAAAGCACUGUUACUGUUUGUAUUUACAAUAUAGGAGACAAAUAAAUAUGAAUAAAUAAUGGUUGUAAUUUGUUCA